AUGCUACCAAAAGAAUUAUUCAACCAGGAAAAUUAUAUUCUUGACAUCAGAACAAUUUUUAUGAUUCGAACAAAAAGAAAAAGGUCAUACUUUAAACAGUUAAAACCUAUAAUCGUAGCAUUAAAAUUAUUCGGAGUAAUGCCAUUUACUACACAUACAAGCGGGCCAGUGUUUACAUUAUUCUCUUGGAUUAUGUUAUACAGUUUAGUUACUGGAUCUUCGUUAGCUCUUAUUUGCUUUUUAUUUCCCAUUUUUUGGACCGACAUGAAAAAUAUACCUGAAUAUUGGAAUCGAUGGAGCAUUUUUCAAGACAAAUUUGAAUUGUGUAUGCGUAAACCUUUUCAAUUAAAUAUAACUAAACGAGUAUGGGUCGUGACAAUAUUGCCAACCGCUCUCAUGACAUUUAAUAUAGUAACAAGUUUGAUAUUUGUUAAAGGGUGGAAAGUAAAUAAUUCUAUAUUAUUUAUAGCUAUAUUUGGCGUCAUAAAUCUAACAACUGGAUAUUUUUAUAUUAACUGCCACAUAUUUAGAAAUGUCAGCAAGGACAUAAACCAGCGCAUCAUGGAAUUAAUAGUGACCAAAGGAUCGUCAACUAGGUUUAGAGAGCACGCAGAACUUUGGUGUUAUAUGUCAAAUCUUAUAACAGAUUUUGGGAUCGUUCAUGGUGGAAUUUAUUGUUCUACUGCAAUUAUCAUAUAUAUAUCCAGUACGGUAUUUUGGUUUUAUUUCACCAUGACACUUAUAAGCCCUGAGAACUACCUUGUUUCCGUUAUAAUUGUGCCACUUGUAUUUACAAAUUCUAUACUUAUGGUGUAUAGUGAAGCGUCGUACAUAGCUCUUUCAGAGGUGGGAAAAAAAUUUCAGUGGAAAAUCCUAAAUUCAACAAUGGGUGGUCUUAUGGAACAAACACAGAAAGAAGUACAAGAUUUUUUAGAAAUGAUCCAACUUUGUAGAACGAAUAUUACUUUUGGUGGUUUUUGUGACGUUAAUAGAGAACUUUUUCUCAAUUUUAUAUUUGCUGUAUUUUUUAACUUAGUUGUUGCAUUUCAAUCUCAAAUAAUUCCAAAACAAUAUACAACAUCAGUUAGCUGA